AUUACUGAUUUCACCACAGACUGGAAUCUCAAUGAAGAACAACGGAGAGCUUUCUGCUUGAUCGCAGAGCAUAGUUACCUAUCCAACCCAGAUCCACUUCGAAUGUUUCUUGGAGGACCAGCUGGUACUGGUAAAUCUAGAGUCAUCAAUGCCUUGAAAGCGUUUUUCAUACAAAGGAACCAAGGCCAACGGUUUAGACUAGCAUCCUUCAUGGGUGUUGCCGCUCGUAAUAUUUCUGGAAUGACCUCACAUUCUGCACUAUUACUCAACCAACGCAAGUCAUCUACAGCAAACUCGAAAACUAAACGAGACCUCACUGCGAUGUGGGAAGACGUCCAUUAUCUUUUCAUCGAUGAAGUCUCCAUGAUUAGC